UCAGUCCAGAAGCCAAUCAGCGGCUGACGACUUAUAAACAGCGGGGCUAGAGGCAGGGGGAGCUCUUUCUUGACACGCGGCGCCGGAAGGUAUGCGCAUGUGCGGGCGGUGUGCUGUGGGGGGGGGGGCUGAGCCGUUAAGAGCUCCACCCUCCCGUGAGGGUGCCGUUGGUGUGUGUGAAUUUCCUGCUGAGGGUUAGCUCUUGGCUGUGUCUUCCAAGAGCCGGGACAACGGACUGCUGCACUCUCUAUGUUCUUCCCCAGCUGUCUGGCAAAGGUGCAAGUGCUGGUGCAGGUGCUUCUGGAGCAGGCUUGUAGGGUGUGGAUAUGGAGCAGCUCUCACCAGUUGUUUGUUGGAGGGAUGAGUCCUCCAGUUGUAUUAAAAGUUGAAAACAAUUUUUGCGCUGAAGGACUCCCUUUUUCCCUAACUUGGAGGAACACAAAUGACAAACACCAGUCAAAAGGUGGUCUACCUGAAAUUGCUAUGAGGAGUAGAUCAUUUCAGAAUUCUCUUAUUUGAAUACUUGGUGAACUCUGAGCUAUACUCUGACAGCACAGGAUCUUGGAGAAUUAUUAUGGACACUCAGCACCCGCUAAGUGCAGUGCCAGGCAGACACCUGCUGGAGACCCCGAAUGCUCCCCAAACCUUCGGCCUCACUGGCAGUACAGCUUAUGGUGUAAUGGUUACGGUGUAAACAACACUGUGUGCAGUUGUGAAGAACUAGGUGGUGGCUGGAGGUACUGUGGGUUUUAGCUCUACAGCAAGCACGAUCUGCAAAACACCAUUAGGAAUAUUAAAGUUCAUAAGUAAAAGGCUGUCCUUGAGAGCUGCAUAAGCACAUUCAUUUCUGUGGGCCUGCGCGUACUUUUUGCCAGUUUCAGAAAUAUGACAGUUUUUUAAAGGUCAAGUUUCUCAUCUAAACCUCAUUAUAAAUGUUCUUCUCCUGUACAUCCUUUCUGUCCAAUAAAAAUACAUAUAUAUAGAUAUGGAUUUUUUCUGGUCUUCACAAAUCAGUAACUGUGUUGUGCAAGUUUAAAUAAAUAAGAACUUUAAAUGUAACUGUAAUUCACUUUCCCUGUUUAGUAAAUUCACCUUUUCACAGAGAUGAAGGUACUGUGUCAACAAUCUGGUAUUUAUUGAGAAAAUCUUAAAUUGUCAUAGCACUUCUGUAUCUUACUAAAAGCACUAUGAGAGAUACUUCAGUCUAAAUCCUUUAGCGGUGUUUUUAUUUCAAAUACACCGUUACCAACACAAGCCAUCCCAGUGCUAUUCUGUUACAGAAACAAGGCUAUACUUAAUGUUGCUUCUCUGUUUUGAUGUUUGCUUGUUGGGUAAUGAACAGGCUAAAGGUGAGAACAAAACGCUGCUGUACCUUGUAUUUAUAAAUAUUCACCUAUCUGUGGGACAGGCUCGCUAUCACCCCUUGCUAGGGGUGAAUUUCACCAGAUAAUCCAUGGCGUUCUCUGCAAAGUUUCCUGCAGAGAGAAGUCCGUCUCUCUUGAUGCCUCGGUAAGAUCCAGAGGCUUUUACCAGCCUAAUACCUUAACAGUGUCGUGGGAUCCUGGAAAAGUGUAUGUGUGUGUGAUAUGUGUGUGUGGUACGUGCAUAUGUUUGAAGUCAGGUGACGGAUGGCGUUGUAGCAGCAACUUUAUGAACAUUUUCCAGCUUCCAGAGUUUUAUCUCCUUUAGUUUAGGCUGUUUUCUAGCACUUUGCAAUAUUUCUCACAAGUUUUAAUAGGAGCUGACGUUGUCUUUCAAGAGUCUAAAUACUCCUGCUUUCUGUAUAAAAAUCUUCAUCGUAAAAUACAGAGGUUUUAUCGGUUUUUAUAGUUUUAGAGUUAAGUAGUCCCACGGGGAUGUACUGCUCUGUUGUUAAGAGGUCUUCCAGAGUUGGUUGGUUGAAACUAAGAAAGUUGCCCUAGUGCUGCCAGGCAUCUAAUGAAUAAAUGGAGUAAAGGAAGACAUUCUGUGAUUAAAUAGCUUGGAUGAGCAAUCAGCCCGAGCACGAUGUGCUUUGCAUGUUAAUGCGCCAUAACCCAGGGGCCGUACAAGGCUUGUAUUUGGAUGGGAGGUGCUUGUAACAGACUUUUACAAAAUCCGGAGAGCUGGGCGCGGACAAAGCAGUGGCUUUGGCAAGGAAACGCCCGCAGCGCCCGAGGCGCCUCAGCACCAACGGGCCGUUGAACGUGCGGGGCCGGGCGGGACCGUUGGGGGGCUGCGGGCCGAGCCUCGCCUCACGGCCCGGGCGCCCCGCUCACCUGGAGGAGCCCCCUUUCCCCCCUCAUUGGCUGCCUUCCGCCCCGCCCCCGCCUUCUCAUUGGCUGGCUCCGCCGAUCCCCCGCGCGCUAUUGGUCUCCGCCCGGCACCUGGAGGGGAGCGAGGAGCGGCUCCCUCUCCCUCCUCCUUUACUCUCCCCCCGCUCCCAUUGGCGGCAGAGCCGGCGUGCCGGGCCCGCCCAUUGGCUGCUCGGCCGGCCGCGUGCCCGGAUUGGUGGGCGGCUGCGCGGCGCCCCGCCCCGCGGGGGGCAGAGCGGCGCGUUUGGGCUGGAGAGUUGCCGGCGCCGCUCGGCAGCGCGGGGCUGCGGGCGCCGAGAGUCGGGCGCCCGCUGCUGCCGGCCGGGGAGCGCGGAGCGGGGCAUGGCCGCGCCGGGCUGAGCCGAGCCGAGCCGAGCCGAGCCCGGGGCGGCGAGCAGCAUGCCGCCGGCCGCCGAGCGAGGGGAGCCGGGCGGGACGUCCGCCCUGGCAGCGGCCGGCAGCGCCUGAGCCCGCGCUGCACCGCACCGCGCCGCGCCGUGCCCCGCGCGUCGCCAUGGACGAGCGCUUCAACAGGUGGCUGCUGCCGCCGCUGCUGACGCUGCUCUUCCUGCUCAUCGUCUACCAGUACGUGUCGCCCGCCUGCCCCGGCGCCGCCUGCCCCCGCCGCCCGCCGGCCUCCGCCGCCCGCCGCGGAGGGGACCCGGCGGACGAGGAGGAGGCGGAGGAGGCGGCGGCGGCGCUGCCGCGGCUGGUGCCCAAGUUCCCGUUCGCGCGGGGGGAGCUGUGCCGCCGGGUGCGCUUCGACAUGCGGGGCCGCGACGUGAUCGUCUUCCUGCACAUCCAGAAGACGGGCGGCACCACCUUCGGGCGGCACCUGGUGCGCAACAUCCGCCUGGAGCAGCCCUGCUACUGCCGCGCCGGGCAGAAGAAGUGCGCCUGCCACCGCCCGGGCGGCGACAAGGACACCUGGCUCUUCUCCCGCUUCUCCACCGGCUGGAGCUGCGGGCUGCACGCCGACUGGACCGAGCUCACCAGCUGCGUGCCCGCCGCCAUGGAGCGCCGGGGCUGCGCCGGCAACCGCACCCUCAGGAACUUCUAUUACAUCACAAUGCUGAGGGAUCCGGUGUCACGAUACUUGAGUGAAUGGAAGCAUGUCCAGAGGGGCGCGACAUGGAAAACUUCCCUUCAUAUGUGUGAUGGAAGAAGCCCAACACCAGACGAGCUGCCUACCUGUUAUGAGGGUGAUGACUGGUCUGGAGUCAGUUUAGAGGAGUUCAUGGACUGCAGCUACAACUUAGCCAACAACCGCCAGGUGCGCAUGCUGGCAGAUCUCAGCCUGGUGGGGUGUUACAACUUGACUUUUAUGAACGAGAGCGAGAGGAAUAUGAUUCUUCUCCAAAGCGCCAAGAACAAUCUGAAAAACAUGGCCUUCUUUGGGCUGACCGAAUUUCAGAGGAAAACACAGUAUCUCUUCGAGAGGACAUUCAACCUGAAGUUCAUUUCCCCUUUCACCCAGUUCAACGUUACACGGGCCUCCAACGUGGACAUCGGUGAGGAUGUGCGGCAGCGGAUAGAGGAGCUGAACUUCUUGGACAUGCAGCUGUACGAAUACGCCAAGGACCUGUUCUUGCAGCGCUUCCAGUACUCCAAGCAAGAGGAGCAUCAGAUGAACCGGCUAAAGAGGCGAGAGGAGCGGAGGCUGCUGCGGGAACAGAGAGCUCACCAGUGGCCAAGGGAAGAAGUGGCAGAAGUUGCCGUUACUGAAGAUUAUAAUAGUCAGGUGGCAAGGUGGUGAUGCUCCUCCGGCUUAACUAGCCCAUAAGAGGAUCAGAGGCUGAUACUUUGUGUAACUUGGCUACCUGAAAAUCAGCCAAGGAAGGCCAACCGCUUUGGUAAAUGAGACAGCAUCUGACAGCUACCCUUCCUUGUCUCAGUUUUUCUUGGUUUCUGUCAGUGAGGAGAACUUUUUUUUUUCUAACUAGGCAUUAAUAGUGUUAUUAAAUAGCAGUAGAAUAGAUUCCUAUCCAAACAGACUUCCUGCAAAGCCCUAAGCUAUGAGAAUGGGUUGAAGAGAGAGCUAUAUCCACGACAUUAACAGAUGUAACCUAUAUGAUCUGAGCUACCAAACCUUGUGCAGGCAUGAAUCAAAAUUGAAAAAAAAAAAUCUGUUUUGGUUCCUCUGUGAUGUGAGAGCUGGUUUAUUUAAUAUUGUCCUUUGCAACUGUAGUGUGUAGCUUUCUAGUGGAUGAAAUGGAGGUAAACAUACUGCCCUUCAAACUUUUACACGCUGUGUUUUGAUUAAGGAAAGGAUUUGCUGGGGUGAUUAAAAAAGACCAAGGAAAUGUGGGAUUGGUACAGUGCUUGUUCUUUUCUGUAAGCCCUCAGUCAGGGAUGAUUUGUAAGUGAAGGGGGGGUUUAACUUAUUUUUCUGCAGAUGUUAAGAGUAUCAAACCCAGCCAGGUAGCAGUUGUCUUUCAGAGUAUGUGUGGCAAAGGGAAAGCCAAAGUGCAAAAACUGAGAAAUGAAGUAGGUCCUCAUUGAAGCUGGGCACACAUUGCCAAGAUUACCUGGCUGUUGGCAAUGAAAUAAGCCUCCACAUUCACAAAAGGUGAAGAGGGACCCAGCAAACUACAGGGAAGAGGAAAGAGAGAGCAGGAAAAGCUUAAAUGUUAGUGUGACAUUAUCCAGAUUUGCUUUAAAAGCCUGGAGAUAUAUUGUCUGUGAAGAUAGGCAGGUUUAUGAUAUUAGUCUGUUAAAGUACAUUGAUUCCAAGUGAAUACAAUUUAAAUUGGUUUUCUCUCUAACUAUGGUAGUGGCUACAACAUAUAAAAAUAAAAAAAUCAGCUUUCAUUUUUAUAGGAUAAAUAAUAGAUAUGUGGAAAGGCUUGAUAUUUAUUACUCUGUAUGAAGAUUCUUUGUAAAUUUAUUGCUUUCAUGAAGAGAGAUCUGCAUCUGUUUUUCUUCCUUGUCUACAAAGAUUCAAUAGGUUCUUCCUCCACACAUUGCAUUCUUAACUGCAUCUAUUUAUUCUGAGAUUUUUUCUUGUUUCCAUUUGUAGUAGUGGAAUUUUAAAAAGAAGGUCCUUUGCAUCAUAGAUCUUUAAGAGAUUUUUUUUCCUUCUUCUUCUAGCAUAAAUCUAAAGCAUUAGGAGGAAAUUUCUCUAAGUGCCUCAACGUGGCUGCUAAAUCAAGAUGCUGAAAGUAUAUUAUUGCAUGCAUGAAUGGCUUUUACCUUACAGAUUUGCUAAUUAGAGAUACUGGAGUACCUGAUGUGGAUGCACAUUUCUCAGUUAUUUUCAAAAUUCAAGGGUUUUAGCUAGUCAUUUUAAUACGUUGCAGAAAACAAGGCUGAUUUUGAAACUUUAUCCCUUCAUUUCCAGAAUGUUAUUUUUAGUGCAUGCUGUAUCUUUUUCAGUUCCAACAAUGUUAUUGCUAUUUUUCUAUGCACAAUAUCAAAAACAUGAUCUAACAAUCCUGUUGAGAGUUAAUGCAUACAAUAAUAUGUUAAACAUAUGUUACACCGGUGUGCUACUUUUGUGGUAAACAGGGGUUUGGGGGCUCUAAUGCUUGUUCCCUUGGUGGAUCACAUGCAUCUCCUCCCACCUCUGCCUUCAGAAGGGAAAACAUGGGACAGCAGAUAGCCAUUCUCCUGCCCAAACAUGGGAUAUCCAUCUCAGAGAAGACUCCCCUGACCAUUCUGACUGGAUCCCCAUCACCUUGAAGAGGUGCUCAGACUCCUCUCUCACAUAGAAACACCUAUGUUCAGAGGUUUGAACUGAAACUUUUACAGUCUAAGACUUAAAGUUCACUCCGCAUGUCCUGGCUGUGGGACAGUGGGGUCAUUAAAAGCCAGGCUGGACCAGUCCUCUUGCAUCUUUAGCACAGCAUUGGCCCUGGCCCUGCAGAAGGCAGGAGCCUGCCUGCUGGUCAAACAUUCCUGGGCCCAUUGCUGCAUCUCCUCCUGUGCUUCAGAUCCCAUGGCGAGAGAGGGGAUGGGAGCCUGUGGCACCCUAUACACCAUGUCCAGGAUUUGUGGUUUCUCUUCUUGUCUCUGUGAGCACAGGGAGCUGAGGGUGCCAGAGGUGACCCUGAAGGGCCCUGCAGAGUGGGCAGGAGUCAGGGCUGCUGGUGGGCCUGUGGGAGAGAAACCGAGUGCAUGGGAGGAAAGAUGCAAGCUCAUAUUUGGAUUAAGGAGGAGGAUAAACAAGAAAGCAGAAUCAGUCCCAGCCCAUCUUUUGUUGUAAAGCAUCCCUAAGCACCAAAAAGGGUCCCUUUUCUCAUGUCCCUGCCACUUUCCCCAGCAGGCCACCUCUCCACACCACUCACAGCAACAGGGGCCUCCUUUUUUAUUUUGAAAACGCUGCAUUAUUUUUUCAGGGGAGAGGAGAGAGAGAGCAGAAAUUGUUCCCUGCAGCCUCACCAGUUGCUGUAAGUAUCAGUUUCAGCUCUCUAAGCACACCAAUAGUUCUCCAGACUAUUCCUUCUGCAUGACACAAAACAAAACCUAAUGAGGAAAAUCAAAGCAGUCUUUGGGCGGUUUACAUUAGCUUUAAUAGUUUGGCAAUACCUUAAUGUGAUGCCUAACCUUUUAGUCAGUCAUUUCCCAGGAGACAAGAUUAGGGUCCUGAAGAGCUGCUAAUGUGCUGUAGUAUCUAUGUUAACAGGAUUUGCCUUAAUGCUUGGGAUUUAUUUAAAACUGAAGUUUUUUUUUCUUUCUUUUUUUUUCUUUCUCCUGGAGCCUGUGUAUCACAUCGCACUAGUUGUGCAGGAGCGGGCAGCAAGCAGCUGGGAUCUUGCCAUCACCAAGGCCCACGGCUCCAGCAGCUCCCACUCCAGCUACAGCAGUAGAUUCAGCAAACUCCCUUCACUAACACUGCUGCUGUCCUUAGCAGAAAUUCCCAGCACAUCAAAAAUCAAGCAGUUUUGAAAUACUUUCAGACUGAUUUCUUCUAAGACACAGGCUUGCAGCUUUUUCCACUCGAGCACAGCGCCCAAAAUACUGUAAAGCAAAAGCAGACUGAAAGCAGAAUAAAGGUUCACAUCUCUGUUAUUCCAGGUUUUCAUUGCUCUGACAGCCCAGGCUUCCCUGUAAUUACAGUGUCUCGUUUAAGAUCAGAGAGCAGCGUGUUCCUUUUGAAACCUUCAUGAGCAGCGACGCUAUAGGAUUUCUGUCCAUCUUCCUGGCAUUAUUUUGUUGCUUAAACAAGGCAAUUUGGCUUCUGCUCCUGUGAUGCUGAAACAAAUCUCAUUCUUUUGUAAUGGAGAUGUACGUACUAAUCUCUCCCAUCGCAUCUUCAGCACUGGCUGCCUUUUCCAGUUAUAAUUUGCUGUAGGCUUGGAGCAGACAGAGAAACAUGCUGAGUUGUUAAAACUGGUUCCUGGUAAUUUGAUGUCUAGUCCAAGAACUUGGCCUAUUGCCUAUGGGCUGUACUUUAUUAAAGAAGGAAAAUUUGUCCUCUCUUCCCCAGUCAUCAGUGCUAACAAUAAAAAGCUUUUUCACCGUGGGGAAAGGGAAAAAAGACAGUUUCUCAUGUUUGGUAUCAUUCACUGCAGUUGUGUUAACAAUGAGGUUGGAAUAGCCUUGCUAGGGCUUCUACCCAGUACAUGGUAUUUAUCUGCAGUUCACUAAAAACAGAAGUAGAGAGUAAAAAACUGAAGGAAGUCAGAUCCAGAGUCAAAUUCCUAACUUCAGUGUAUCCGCUCAACAAAACCAAGUGGCAGCUCACAUCACCCUUCAAUCUGAAAGUGCUUCAGAGUUGACAUCCACUACCAGGAGGAUCUUGUUUCCCACACAUUUUCAAGAGGCUCAAGUACCAGUAACUGCGAGUGAGUGUGUGUUGUUGGGGACCUUUCUCAAGUUGACCUUCCUGUUAACACGUUUCAUUCUGCACUAGUGGGUUCUUGUUUCCCACAUCCAGUCCUGUACCAGUACUGAGCACUGAGGCUAUAAAACUUGUUAUCUCACUGGCACUUUUCUCCUCCAUUGCUGUUCCUCUGAUACACAUGAAAUUAUUCUUUUUUUUUUUUGGUCUGGGAUAGAGAAUAUCUGUUUUCCAGGCUGGUGGAGAUCACCCUGUAAGAGGUCCUGAGAUGAAUAACCACAAUAAAAUCAUUCUGAUAGAGUAGAUUGCUGUGUCCUCCUUACCCAUGGCAAAAGCAUACUCAGAAAAGGUACCCAGCUUGCAUUGAAACACUUCCUUCAGUUUGGUUCUUGUAAUACUUUCUCAAUAUUUUGUGGAGAGAAAUAGGUUCCUACAAUAUCCUUCGUUUUUGUUUGGUUGGUUUUUUUUUGUUUGUUUGUUUGUUUUUCUUGGCCAUAUCACUAGCUCUGUGAUUUCAAAUAAAUCUUUGAAGUGAAAAAAUAAAUAAAUCAGGAGUUCCCAUCAGUUGCCAUAUUUGAGAUGAAAUGGUAAAUUAAUAGACUGUAAAUUAUUUUAUUCUUUAGGGAUUUUCCUUCUGUUUAUGUGCAAUAAUGUGUGUGAACUCUGCUACUAAGAGAUUGUAUUGUGACUAACCAUAUCUACUUUUAUUCCUAUUUAAAGGAUAGUUUGUAGACUUAGGGGUUUUCAUUGAUGUAAAGCACAAUUUAAUGAAUUAUUUAAUGUGUUUAACCAUUGUGAUGUCAAAAGCAAUUGUUUUCAUAUAUUUAUUUGUUGGUGGUUUUCUGUAAAUUGAUACUCAUUAAGAAAUCUGUUAAAAAUGAAGAAAUUUUGUUGAAUAUUGUUGGGUCCAUGAAUAACUUAUGAGCAACAAAUAAACAUUGAUUGCAUUUUUGA